UACUGGUUGGGAACAUCAACCUGAAGAAGGAAGUUAAGGAUUCUGUUUGGCACAACGUUUGGUAGAUAGUAUUAUUUUAAUAUAUUUUACAACCUAAUCAAGGAAAUGCCUCGCAAAGUAACUUAUGGAGUUGAUUAUGAUGAUGACUACGAUAUUUAUGAUGAUUACCCUGAUGACAAUUAUGAUUAUAAUUAUGGUAAUGGUGCGGAUGAACAUAAAUCUGGUUGGGACUCUUCUGAAAUAAAACAUGAGAGCGCAAUAAAACAACAAAGUGUACAGCAAAAUGUAUGGCGCUGCCCCAUAUGUACAUUUGAUAACGAGGAAUACAUGUCUGCAUGUGAUAUUUGUGGUGUACUUCGCAACCCAUUGGCCAGGAGCUCUAACAAUGGUCAAUCUAGUACAGUUGGUGAUAUAUGCAUGAAAUCUGGAGCAUCGGUGAUGGCAAAGUCCCUUUUUGCAUCAUUGUCAUAUUGUUCAUCAAAUGGAGCUGUAAAUUCUCAACCACAGAAAGAUUCUUUUUUAACAAAGGAGGGCAAAUUAUCUCACUUGCAUGGAAAUAUACGAAGACAGUUCCAUGAUUUACAUAACACCUUUAUCUCUGAAAAAUAUCACAAGGUUAACAUAGCCCGUUUCAAGUUUGAUGUCCCAUCUCCAGAUGAUUUGGUUUCUAUGGGAAUGCGAUCUUUGAGAAUCGGUUCCAAAGUGGCUACAAACUUGAACAAACCAUCAACUUCUGAUCCUCCUUCCAGCAAAGCAAUAAACAAUACCAACUUAAAGUCAAGUGCUAAGCAUUCUAACGACUCAGCACCUUUGAUGUUAAAGGAUAAAAUUGAACACGUGGAGGAAAACAAUGACUCAAUCAUAUCUGAGGCACAAUCACACAUGCUUUCCAGUGAAAUGAACAGUAUGACCGUGAGUGCAGAACCUGGUAAUUCCAUAAUCUCGAGGAAGGAGAAAAUAGUACCUCGUUCACAGUAUAAACCUGAUAAGUGGAUGCUACUAGACCAAGUCAAAGAUCAUUUGAGUCAGCUGAAUCUUGCUAUCGUUGGCCAUGUGGAUUCUGGAAAGUCGACACUCUCUGGAAGGCUGCUACACCUUUUGGGACAGAUAUCUCAGAAACAGAUGCACAAAUAUGAAAAGGAGGCUAAAUCACAGGGGAAAGGUUCUUUUGCAUAUGCAUGGGCAUUGGAUGAGAGUGCAGAAGAAAGAGAAAGGGGGAUAACUAUGACAGUGGCAGUUGCCUAUUUCGACUCCAAUAAAUAUCAUGUUGUGAUACUUGACUCUCCGGGCCAUAAAGAUUUUGUUCCAAACAUGAUAUCUGGGGCAACACAAGCAGAUGCAGCCAUUCUUGUUAUUGACGCUUCACUUGGUGCAUUUGAAGCGGGUAUUGAUAGUGCGGGUGGUCAAACACGGGAGCAUGCUCAGCUAAUAAGAAGUUUUGGGGUUGAUCAAAUAAUUGUGGCCGUUAAUAAAAUGGAUGUGGUUCAGUAUUCAAAGGAACGUUUCAAUGCCAUCAAGUUGCAACUUGGAACAUUUCUGCGGUCCUGUAAUUUUAGAGACUCUUCUGUGUCAUGGAUUCCCUUGAGUGCGAUGGAGAACCAAAAUUUGGUACUACCCGCUUCUGAUGCACGGUUAUCAUGGUACAAGGGCCCUAGUCUGCUAGAAGCUAUAGAUGCUCUUCAACCUCCUGCUAGAGAAUACUCGAAGCCUCUACUAAUGCCCAUAUGUGAUGUUAUCAAGCUUCAAUCUCAAGGUCAGGUAUCUGCAUGUGGGAAGUUAGAGGCUGGAGCUCUUCGUAAUGGAAGCAAGGUUCUUGUUCUGCCUUCAGGAGACAUAGGAACUGUGCGCUCAUUGGAACGUGAUUCUCAGACAUGUGACAUUGCAAGAGCAGGGGACAAUGUGGCUGUUAGUUUACAAGGUAUUGAUGCAAAUUGUGUGAUUUCUGGUGGUGUGUUGUGUCACCCAGAUUUCCCAGUCGCAAUCACAAAUCAUUUGGAGGUGAAGCUCUUGGUUUUGGAUGUUCAAAUGCCAAUUUUGCUCGGCUCACAGUUCGAGUUUUAUAUACACCAUGCCAAGCAAGACGGAAGGGUUUCGAGGAUUGUGUCGUUGCUCGAUCCCAAGACGGGUAAAGAGACAAAGAAGUCACCACGCCUUUUGUUAGCCAAGCAAAGUGCCAUAGUUGAGGUGGUGCUGAAGGGAGAGGUUUGUGUAGAUGAAUUUUCAAGUAGCAGAGCUCUUGGGAGGGUAUUCUUAAGAUCAUCAGGGACAACUGUUGCCGUUGGUGUGGUAAGCCGAGUAAUAACAGGCGGUCAGAACUAAUUCCAACACCAUAAUUAUGGUAAAUGAGCCAAACUAGCUUUCAUGUGUCUAGAUUGUUUAUGCUACUUUGCUUAAUCUGGCCUUAAAUUUCGAUCUUAAAUCCGUUAGGCAAUCUAUUGAGUGUAAAGUUUUGUAUCGGUUAGGUAGUUGAGAUGUAUGGUUGAAAAUUUUUGUUUCUCAUCUUUCAUGUUGGAAAACUUCUUUAGUA